UACAGAGCUCUGGUGAGAGGCGACACACAGCGCCGAGCCGAACGCUGGCCUCAGCUGCCUGCGCUGGCCCUGCUUGGACCCCCACGCGGAACUCCGCCUGGACCCCCACCUGGACCCCUGCCCACCCUCAACCAUGUCCCCCCCACCUCUCUCGUGGCUGCUCCGCUUGGCUGCCCUCUGCCAUAUGACCAUGCCGCUGGCCGGACAGCACCUCGGUGUGAAGAAAUGCACCUUCAUAUGCAACAAGAUGACCUCGGAGAUCCCCGUGGACCGCCUAAUCCACUACCAGCGAAAUCAAGAGUCCUGCGGCAGACGCGCCAUAAUCUUGGAGACCAAGUUGCACAAGUUCUUCUGCGCUAACCCAGAAGAGAAAUGGGUCCAGAAUGCCAUGGAGCAUCUAGACCGCAAGGCUGCUGCUCUGACUUCAAAUGGCGGCACAUUCGAGAAGCAAAUCGGUGCAGGCAAGCCCAGGACCACCCCGGCCGCCAGGGCGAUGGACGAGUCAGCGGCCACAGAGCCCAAAGCCACAGGAGAAAGCAGUGGCCAGGAGGCACAGAGGGCCCUGGGGACUUCCCCAGAGCUGCCGACAAGAGUGGCUGGCUCCUGGGGAACUGGGUCCCCCUCCACAUCAAAGGCUCCAGAAGGUGGGCCUCCAGCUGGGCCCGGGAGAACAGAGCCUUUCGGUGGGGCUGCCAUCACCACCACCACGUCUUGGCCAAGCUCUGCUGCCUACCAACCGGAGUCAGGCCUCUGGGCUGAGGGAAAGGCCUCUGAGGCUCCCCCCACCCAGACCCCCCCCACCCAGGCCCCCACCACCCCCCAGGCCCCCUUUACCCAGGCCCCCACCAUCUCACACACAGCCCCAGAGGACAACGCUGGAUCUGAUGGCCAGUCUGUGUGGGUCAAGGAGCAAGACCCUGUGCCAGAGAACUCUCUAGGGCCCGAGGAGCCAGGUCCCAUUUCAGCUCACACCGAUGCUGUCAUGGGGCCUGGCAGCUUGCCCCAUGUCUCUGUGGUCCCGGUCUCCUCUGAGGGGGAUCCCAGCAGGGAGCCGGUGGCCUCAGGUAGCUGGGCCCCCAAGGCCGAGGAGACCAUCCACGCCACGGUGGACCCCCAGAGGCUGGGUGUCCUCAUGACCCCUGUCCCUGACUCCCAGGUGGCCACCCGGAGGCAGGCGGUGGGGCUGCUGGCCUUCCUUGGCCUCCUCUUCUGCGUGGGGGUGGCCAUGUUCGCCUACCAGAGCCUCCAGGGCUGCCCCCGCAAGAUGGCAGGGGAGAUGGUGGAAGGCCUGCGUUACGUCCCCCGGAGCUGCGGGAGUAACUCAUACGUCCUGGUGCCGGUGUGAGCCGUCCACCCGCCUGCAUCCACUCUUUCAAUUCAGACAGCUGCCCGGGGUCCCCCAUCCUCACACCCACCCUCGCCAAGGGCCUGAGCUGAGCUGGGAUGACCAGAGCAGAUGGGACUGCUCCCAGCUCCCAGAGGCCACCCUUGACCAUCCUUGACCUUCUGGGGACAAUGGGGUGGAUUCUCAACUCACCCCACUGUCCCCAAGUCAGGAUAUUUUCCUCUGCUGCUGGCUGGUUAGAGGGUCCCUUAGACACCGUCCUCGCCCCAACGAACAACUAUUUAUUAAACAACUAACCCCUCUGACCCACGUCCCCAUGUGGACACAUGGUCAUCCCAUCUCACAAGUGAGCCUCAGGCCAGGCCCCUCUGCCACCCCCUCAGACCUCAUCGUGUCUCCUGGUCCCGCUGCAGUCGCCAGUCCCCCCGGCCACUUGCGGUGCUAUCUUCCCUGUCCCUGCACUGAGCCCACGCCCCAGCCCGAGCUGGGCACCUGUCUUUUCUUGCAUGAGGCUGGCGUGAUAUUUCUGGGACUGCCGCCAGCAAAGACGCUGCCUCAGUCAGGCUGGUGUCGCGGGGAGGGGAGAUGAAGUUACCCGGGGCUCUGAUUUCUUUCUGCCCCCAGUCUUGCUGCCCGCUGCAGAAACGCUGACUGUGAGUGUGAGGCUGGGGGUUCCAGCCCCAGGUUCCCUACCGACCCCACAAGGCAUUUGUACCUCUGACUUGCUGUUCGUGAAAGGAAAUAGGGAUGACAAGUAUGUGGCAAUAACCUGAACCCCCGCCAGGCUCCCUAAGUGGCCCAGAGACCCCUUUCUCAGACUAGGUGGGGCCUCACCACCUUUGUUAGCACAGCGCCUGAGCAGCCUCCGCCAAUCAGCACAUCUGUGGGCCCUAGAGGGCCUGCGACGGGGUCAGCAUGGUGGACCCCCAGAGUGGGGCCUGGGCUAGGUACUUGAGGGGCACAGACCAAUUGGGAAGGCCCUUCCCUGGCCUUGAAAACAUCCCUUCUCUGUGUCCACCAGGCUCACAGGGACACUGAGACAGCCGAGUGCCAGGCCCAAGGCGGGAGGGAAGCCUGCAGGUGCGCAGGGAGGCCAAGGCCCUUCCAGAAAGGAGCUGGGGUGGCCACAGAAGCAGCCACACUCCUGGUUAGGGACUUGCACUGGCAGCCUGGUCCGGUGUCCCCUGAUCCCCACACACCCCGAGUCCAGCAUUUGUUUUUUUCUUCCUGAGGCCUGCGUUCCCCUUCUCCCUCUCUUACUUCCUGAAAAUGCUAUUUUCUGAGCCUCAAAAUCUCUCCUCACCUUUGCCUCCACCUACACAGGGUCAGGAAUUUCCAUGACGUUUUCCAUGAGACCAGAACCCACCACCGAAACCCUGAGAUUCCUGUGUUUAUUUCUGAAAGGGACUCUGUCCUGUGGGGAGCGGCUAGCAAGGAAAGGGAAGUUGUGGACAUGAAGUCAGAGUUUCUCUUUUUGGUUGCUGAGGAUUCAGGCAGGCCUGGGUAAGGCUGAAGGCUGACUGAGCUGAUAGGGCCCCACUCAGGGUGCCUGGGGGCAGUUCCCCACCCCCCUCUGUCCCUCAGGUGGCCCUAGCCUUUCACCAGAGAAGCCUCCUGGACCAGGAUUCCCGCCAGGUGCGAUGAUGCUUCUUUGCAGACGGACCUCAGCACAGGUCUGGUCCAGAGUGGAAGCCAAGCUGCUCUGCCCACCUGGCCUUCUUGCACCUCCUAUUGGGCAUAUGCAGGAAGUUUAGGCCUGUCUCAAGUCGGGAUUCUGCCUGAUGGUUCAGAGAGGGGUGCGUGAGGUUUGAAUGCUCUUUUGCAGAUUCCUGCAGGCUGGGAGAGCCUUCCAGGGGCAGGGCAUCCGUGACAAGGCUCCCUUCCUUUGUGAUAAACAGCUGGGGCCAGCUGGUCCCCCUCCAGUGGAUUUGCUAGUUCUCCCAAGCAGGACAAGGACAAUUUGGGGAGGACCUUUGGAAGGAAUUGGUUGAUCCUUUUGCUUUUCCAACCCUAUCACUAAUGUCUGUGCCAUUUUGUAUUUUACUAAUAAAAUUCAAAAGUCUUGUGAAUCAAAUAAA